AUGUACGUUGAUCAACGAUGUGUUGAGCGCUCUUUUGAGGUUGGAGAUAUGGUUUAUCUUCGACUACAGCCAUACAGACAGUCUACUCUCAAGAAGAGUGGAGCUGAGAAGCUCAAACUUCGUUUCUAUUGGCCAUUCCAAGUCAUCAGAAAGGUUGGAGCAGUAGCUUAUGAGUUGGAGCUACCUUCGAGUAGUAAAGUGCACAAUGUCUUCCACGUGUCUCACCUCAAGAAGGCACUUGGACAUAAUGUUAUUGCUUCUUCACAAUUACCACCUUUGGACGAAGAAGGGCAGUUGAUUUUGAUUCCGGAGGAGAUUAUUGAUUCCAGAGAGCGUUCUUUGAGAAGAAGGACAAUCAAGGAAUACUUGGAUAUUUCACUGCAUCAGGAGAAGAGCGGAGUUGCGGAGCAGGGGCGACGGAUGAAGGAGCCACAUGUGCGAAAGAGGCCAUAG